UGUUCUACGUCAAAUUACUGCAGUUAUUCCACACCUAGUGUAACACCAGCGCUAGCUAUCCUCUAUACUUUUGUUACGAAUUACGUGGAAAAGCUUGAAAGAAUCGAAGAUAGGAUGGUACGUCGAUCUUGCGGCUUCAUUGUGUUCCGUCGCAAUCAGGGCGACAUCGAGUAUCUGCUAUUGCAAUCUUCGGGCCGUCGGCAUCAUUGGUCACCGCCAAAAGACGGCGCAUGGAAGGAAAGAAAUCAUGCAAGAAGUGGGAUGGUGGCGCAUGCGUCUGGAGUCCCGAACAACGGAAUCGUGCGUCUACCGGGUGGUGUUAUGCGCCGCGAGACAGAAAUUGCAACCGCGCUCCGUGAAACCGAAGAGGAAACAGGCUUACUAGCUGCAGAUUUAAAAAUCUAUGAAGAUUCGAAACAAAAAAUAAAUUAUCGUUGGAAAGGAACAUUAAAAUAUGUCACUUACUGGCUGGUGGAGCUAAUAAACUACGAUAAACCUGUUACAUUGUCGGAUGAACAUCAAGCAUUUAAGUGGUUACAAUUGGAAGAAGCAUGUACAACAUGUUUGAGCGCAGUGCAGGAGCUGUUGAGAAGUUACAAUGACAAUAUACUGAAAAAUCUGUCCUAACGCGAUCAACCUUAGAAACAUUUGUAACAGUUUGAUUAUAUAUUUAUUCGUGUAGGUGUCAAUAUCGAAAUAAAUAUUUUUUAUUCCCACCAUUGGCGAUCAGGAAUCGAUACAUUCCAUGCAUACGAAUCUGAAGCAAAUAUUGUCUAUUAAUUUCUCUUUUAUAAUUUAAAAAGCUUGUAUAAAACAGUGUGAAUACAUUCUGGGCCCAUACUCGCGUAA